GGGCUCUAGACCAAGCAGUCGCUGGAAAACAAGUUUUGGUGCCAGAGCCUUCAGUGGGCUGAAAGGCUGCUUUUCAGAGACAGCCCUCAUUUCCCUCCUCGCAGGCCCAUGGACACAGUGCGGAUUGCAGUCAUUGGAGCAGGCGUGAUAGGGCUUUCUACUGCCGUGUGCAUUUCCAAAUUGGUUCCCGGAUGCUCCAUUACAGUCAUCUCAGACAAGUUUACUCCUGAUACCACCAGUGACGUGGCGGCUGGGAUGCUUAUUCCUCAUAUUUAUCCAGACACGCCUAUUCACACCCUGAAGCAGUGGUUUAGAGAGACCUUCGAUCACCUGUCUACAAUCGCCUGUUCUGCAGAAGCGGCAGAUGCUGGUGUUCAUCUGGUGUCGGGUUGGCAGAUAUUUCGGAGCAUUCCUACUGAAGAAGUGCCAUUCUGGGCUGAUGUGGUUCUGGGAUUUCGAAAGAUGACAAAGGCAGAGCUGAAGAAAUUCCCUCAGCAUGUGUUUGGUCAGGCUUUUACAACCCUGAAAUGUGAAACCUCUGCCUACCUCCGGUGGUUGGAGAAAAGGGUAAAGGAAAGUGGAGGUCUGCUACUCACCAGACGAGUGGAAAACCUGUGGCAGCUUCAGCCGUCCUUUGACAUCGUGGUCAACUGUUCGGGCCUGGGAAGCCAACAACUUGCAGGAGACUCAACGAUUUCCCCUGUGAGGGGCCAAGUGCUCCAAGUUCAGGCCCCCUGGGUGAAGCAUUUUAUCCGAGAUGGAAGCGGGCUGACAUAUAUUUACCCUGGUGCAUCCCAUGUAACCCUGGGUGGAACUAGGCAAAAAGGAGACUGGAAUUUGUCCCCAGAUGCAGAAAUUAGCAGACAUAUUUUCUCCCGAUGUUGUGCGCUGGAACCUUCCCUCCACAGAGCCUUCAUCAUAAAGGAGAAGGUGGGCUUGAGGCCCGUCAGGCCGGGUGUGCGGCUGCAGAAAGAGCUCCUAGCCCAGGGGGGACGGAGGUUGCCUGUGGUUCACCACUAUGGCCACGGGAGUGGGGGCAUUUCGGUGCACUGGGGCUCUGCUCUGGAGGCCACCAGACUGGUCAGUGAGUGUGUCCAGGCCCUCAGGAUCCCAUCUCCUACAUCAAAGUUAUAGAUGACACAAAAAGACAGCAAAUAGCCCCAGAGACUAUUGAUCAAAGCACAAUUUAAACUCCAGAACAGGUUCAAAUAACUUUUCAAUUGCAUCAAAGCUUAAUUAGACCUUCUUUGUUUUUAAAAUUAGAAAGGAUGCAGCAUGUAUCCAUAGACUUAGGAAGUCUACCACUAACGACACAGGGCACCGAACUAUUUUUGUUUAAAAAGUACUUGUUCUGUAGGCUAAGAUCAUUUUUGGAACUGAUAUUCAAGGAUUUAUGCUGAUUUACAUGAAAGUCAGAAGUUACAGGGAUUUUGAUAUCUUUUGGCUCAUAAAUCCACAAGAGGAGAUAAUGUAUGGAAAACAAGUCAUUGUUGAUUGCAGAGCUGCACACGAUCCUCCUAGGUUAUAGCCAAGUGAGCAUUAUAAUCCCUCUAAAUAAAAUGACAUGGUGAUCAUCCACUGCAGAGUUGGUACAUUUAACUGAAGACAAAGCAUGAUUACUGUUAGGACUUGGCAACCUCUCCCUCCUCUCUGCUGGUAAUGGUGGUGGAAGACAGAUGCGGUUGCCCAUGGAUAUGGCAUCAGUUCAGUAACUGCCUGGGGCCCAUCACCCAAGGGUUGUGUGUUUCAUUACCACACAUGAUUGACAGCCAGACUGUAUGGUUCACUUUGCCUCAGCAUUUUUGAAGAUUGAAUAAUACAUACAGCCAAAGAGCUAAUUUACUAAUUGAGAUGGAAUAAUCAUUCUGAAUGAAAUAAAGCCAAAAAGUAUUUUUCAGGCUUUAAAAAGUAUGGAGGAGGAGGGGAAUGUGUGUCACAAAGUGAGUUUGGGAAUUUCUGAGUUAAAUAAAUGUAACCUGACUUUUGACCCAGAUCCUUUAAUGGAUCCGUGUGUACUGUGAAUCCUCAGGAAGUCUUUUGGCUUGGGUGGAUGUGAAAGGAGGUGCUAUUCAUCAAGGUGGGGAAUAUUGAGAAGAAAUGAAUUUAAUUUUAAUUUUGGGGGCAAUGUCUUAAGUUUAGUGAUAAUAAAUUCUAUUUUAGAUAUUCUGGGGGAGAUAUGGAGUUGGCCAUGAAAAUGUGGGAAAGAGAAGAGAAAUCUAUGAUUUGACAUCUUUGUUCAUUGAGCUUUUGCAUAUGAUUUUAUUCAAAAUGAACAUUCUGCUGGAAGCACAGAGGUGCCAUGAAUUCAGUAGUCUAUUAAAAACUCUCAAGUUUAAGCAAAUAUGAGACCUUGUCUAGAGAUGUCCACCAGGGGGUGGUGUUGCAUCAAGUUCAGACAAAUGGUACACAGGAAAUUUUAGAAACGACUAGAAAUAAAAAAAUAGAUACAAAGUGUGGGGAGUGUGUGUGCAAUUUUUUGAGGUUUCAGAGUUUAUACAGUCAAAAUUCGAUUAUUCUGUUUAAAGUACGUGGAAAAUGACUGAAUUUCCAUAGAUUGAAAACACAUGUACCUAUCAUGUAAAAUACAUGAAAAAUAAUGUUAUGAUAAAUUGGCAUUUUAAAGGAGGACUUAAGGUUUUUUUUUAAUGUUUAAA